AUGGAUUUCUUAUGCAUGAUUGAAGACUGUGGAUUGGUGGACUUGGGGUUCUAUGGUCUUAGAUAUACCUGGUCCAAUGGAAGAGGUCAAUGUUCCAUUGUCUGGAAAAGAAUGGAUAGGGGGCUUGCCAAUGACCAGUGGUUAGCUGCAUUCUCUGCUACUAAUGUCUCCAACCUAGAUUCAACUGGUUCUGAUCACACUCCCCUCCUUUUGGAGAUCAGAGUAAGGCAGGAAAAUGGUACCAAGUACUUCAGGUUCCUAAAUCUAUGGGUUGACACUUCCAACUUCAAACCAUUUGUUAAAGAAAUCUGGGACAAGCAGGUCAAUGGCAGUGCUAUGUGGAUAUUCCAUCAAAAACUCAAGGCCCUUUCUACUGGUUUAAGUCAAUGGUCCAGACAACAAUAUGGUGAUAUUUUCCAAAAGGCUAAGGAAUAUGAAGAAAAGUUGAAGGCAGCAGAAAUAGUCUAG